UACGUGCCCGCGGCGCCGCCCGGCCCGCACAUGAUGGCUGCAGUGCCGUACGCGAUGAUGGCUGCCGCUGCCGCCGCGUCGCAACAACCGCCCGCCUACUUGCAGCAUCCGCACCCGCACCCUCACCCACACCCGCAUCCGCCAGGAAAUGGGCAAAUGGAAAUGGCGUGUGAGUGCCGCCAGUACGCGCAACCUAUACUCGUGCUGGCUGAGAAAAGACACAGACACGAUUCGAUAUAUGGAGCUGCGAUGGGGGGCGGGGCCCCGGGUGCUGCCGCGGCGGGGCAACACGCACCCAUGCCCGCGCAGCCUCAGAGAAACUUCAGAAAAGGUAUGCAGGUGGCCACGGCCACGGGGCAGCCGCUGCUGGCUCCGGCGCCCAUGCAGCCCUUCAUGCCCUAUCCGCACCCGCAUCCGCAUCCGCACCCCGGCCCGCCGCAGCAGGCGCUGCAGUACCAACACAUGGUGCGCAUGUACCACGGCUCCGAGGCGGGGUACGCGCCACCGUCCGCGUCGCCCGCGUCGGCGUCG